AUUUGGGGAUUUUGGGGGGGAUUUUGGGGGGUCCUGGAGGCCGAGACCCCCCUGGGCAAGGGGGGCACCGAGACCCCCGGGGGCAGCGGCUCCCCAGGACCCCUCCCCAGUUUCUGGAUCCCCUCCCUGACCCCCGAGGCCGCGGCCGAGAGACUGCAGAGACCCGAGCGCAGCGUGCGCUGCCCCAUGUCCGGCCGGAAGCUGCGCCUGGCCCAGCUGGUCAGCGUCCACUUCACUCCGGCCACGCCCGGCCUGAGCCCCGGGCAGCUGCUGGCGCGAGAGCCGAGUGACCGCUACGUGUGCGCGCUGACCGGCGACCCGCUGGGCAAUGCCACGCCGUGUGCUGUGCUCCGGCCAUCGGGCUCAGUGGUCACUCUGGCCGCCGUCGAGCGCCUCGUCCGGCCGGACAUGCGGGACCCCCUGAGCGGGGCGGAGCUUAGCGCCGAUGACGUCAUCGAGCUGCAGAGGGGCGGGACCGGCUUUGCUGGGGCCGGGGUUUCCUUGGAGGCCAAAAAAUCGCGGCCGGUGAUGCAGGCCUAGGGGGGACCCCAAAACCCGGGGCACCCCAAAACCCCGGAAACCCCAAAAUCCCAAAAAUUCCCCCCAAAAAUCCC